CGCUUUCGUGUGCUCCACAUCGCAAUUGUCAGUAGUCCGUUUUAGUUGCUGUAUUUUUUUUUUGUAAAACAGACGGGUGCAUCUUUCAGGACCAUGGCACUGCGUCUGUGAUUCCAUACGACACGUUUAAUGGACUGUUGUUUGUCAUAUUCAAGUCAUGGAACAAAGAGGACAAUGCAGAUCGUCGAGGAAACGGUGCUGGUUUUCCCUCAUGGUGGUUUUGGACGUUUUAUGGAGCGGAGCUUUUGCGCAGAUCAGAUAUUCGAUAUCCGAAGAGGUUGAAGAUGGAACUGUGGUCGGGAAUAUAGCGAAAGAUUUGGGACUAGAUAAGAGUGCGCUAAAAGACAGAGGAUAUCGCAUUGUCACAAGCUCGGCUGAACCCCUUUUUCAGGUUAAUCAAAAUGAUGGCGUCCUGUAUGUGAAGAGAAGGAUAGAUAGGGAGGAGGUGUGCGAACGCACCAGCCCGUGUUUGAUCCAGCUGAAAACCGUGCUAGAGAACCCGCUGGAGAUUCACUAUGUGGCGGUGGAAAUACUCGACAUGAACGACCACUCGCCGGUUUUUCCAGAGAAAGAAAAGCGGCUCGAGAUUUCCGAGUCGGCUCUGGCGGGGGCGAGAUUUCAACUGCAAGCGGCCCGCGACCCCGACGUAGGCCAGUUUUCCAUUCAGCAAUACAGACUCAGUCAUAACGAGUAUUUCAGGGUAGAAGUCAAGGAUCGAGGCGAGGACCGAAAAAUGCCAUUUUUAGUUCUUCAGAAGCAGCUGGAUAGAGAAGCAGUAGGGAAACACAAGCUACGACUCACGGCCGUGGAUGGAGGAAAACCGGUGAAGUCUGGUAAUAUAGACAUAAUUGUGGACGUCCUUGAUGUUAAUGACAACUCGCCCGUGUUCACAAAGGAGCUGUAUUCCGCUACUCUUAAAGAAAACGUUCCUGUUGGCACCGUAGUGAUUCAGGUGAAUGCAACUGAUUCAGACCAGGGUGCAAACAGCGAAAUAAUAUAUUCUUUUGGUAACGAAGCUGAUUUGAAAUUAAUGGAUUUAUUCAGUAUCGAUCCAAACACUGGUGAGAUUCAAGUAACAGGUCCGAUAGAUUUUGAGAAGAGCAAAAGUUAUGAAAUUGAUAUUCAGGCGUCCGAUAAAGGACCAGUUCCAUUAACAACGGACAAAAGUGUAACAAUAACUGUUAUUGAUGUUAAUGAUAAUGCUCCCGAGAUAGAGGUGACUUCGUUUUCCAGCUCCAUCAAGGAGGAUUCAAAAAUAGGAACGACAGUUGCCCUCAUUAGUGUCCGUGAUUUAGACUCUGGAAUCAACGGUAAAAUAAUUUGCUCGAUCAAAGAAGAUGUUCCCUUCACUUUGUCUCCAUCGUUGCAAGAAAAAAUGUACGCUGUUGUCACCAGGUCACAGCUGGACAGGGAAGUUAUCUCUCAAUAUGACGUCACCAUUACUGCGAAAGAUACGGGCGAACCUUCGUUUUUAACAGAAAAGACCAUAAGCAUCGUUGUAUCAGAUGUGAAUGACAACAGUCCAGAGUUUUCAUCAAGCCCCUACACGUUUUAUAUCACUGAGAAUAACAGCCCCGCAGCCUCAGUGUUUUCAGUAAAAGCCUCUGAUCGAGACGAAGGCGACAAUGCUCUUGUUUCGUAUCAUAUUUUAAGAGAUGUAAGCGGGAAUAAACUGUCCUCGUUUUUAAACAUUAACCCUGAGAACGGAGACAUCAUGGCGCUAAAAAGUUUCGACUUUGAAACACUGAAAACUUUCCAGUUCCACGUUGUUGCGUCAGACUCUGGAACUCCGUCACUGAGCAGCAACGUCACUGUGCACGUGUUCAUUCUGGAUCAGAACGACAACGCUCCAGUCAUCCUGUAUCCAGUCAGCUCCAACGGUUCUGCUGAAGGUGUGGAGGAGAUUCCCCGCAAUGUGAACGCUGGACACUUGGUGACUAAAGUCAGAGCCUAUGACGCUGAUAUAGGAUAUAACGGCUGGUUACUGUUUUCACUGCAGGAAGUUACUGACCACAGUCUCUUUGGUUUGGACCGCUAUACAGGACAGAUCAGAACACUUCGCUCAUUCACAGAGACAGACGAGGCUGAGCACAAACUGCUCAUACUGGUCAAAGACAAUGGGAACGUGUCCCUCUCAGCAACAGCUACUGUCAUUGUCAAAGUCGUGGAGCCUAAAGAGGCUUUUGCAGCUUCUGAUGUGAAAAGCUCAACAAAAGCUGAUGAGGACAAUAACGUGACUUUUUACCUGAUGAUAACUGUGGGCUCAGUUUCAGCUCUUUUUCUCGUCAGUAUCAUCGUGCUGAUUUCAAUGCAGUGCUCAAAGUCCACAGACUACACUUCUAAAUAUCUACCAGAGCCUAAUUAUGAUGGGACACUGUGUCAUAGCAUCCAGUACAGAUCUGGAGACAAACGCUACAUGUUAGUUGGACCCAGGAUGAGUAUAGGAUCUACUAUAGCCCCAGGAAGCCAUGCCAAUACACUAAUGCUGCCUGACAGGAGAGGGACAUCUGGAGAGGUAAGAUUGAUUCAAGCAAUUGCAGAGACUGGACAUGUAUAUGUAUCGACGGUUUGGAAUCUAUUUUUAAAACGUGGUUAUUUUCCUUGCGAUGGAUUAACGCUGAUUUCGGGUUUAACCAUGGAACAAAGAAGAUGCAGGCCACGAAGGGCGCGUGGAUGUUUGGUCAGCUGUGUGGUUGCGGUGCUUUUUUGGAGCGGAACAUCAGCGCAAAUACGCUAUUCAAUCAACGAGGAAGUAAACGAAGGAACUGUGGUCGGAAACAUCGCAAACGAUCUUGGAUUAGAUAAGAGCACGCUGAGAGAGAGGAAGUAUCGCAUUGUUUCCAGUAACGCGGAUCCUCUUUUCCACGUAAAUCAGAACGAUGGCAUCCUGUAUGUGAGCCGGAAGAUUGACAGAGAGGAGGUGUGUGCGCAGAUCAGUACGUGUUUAAUUAAUCUAAAAACCGUGUUAGAAAAUCCACUGGAGGUGCACUAUGUGGGAGUGGAGGUGCUGGAUAUAAAUGAUCAUUCUCCCAGUUUCUCAGACAAAGAAAAAACGUUGGAGAUGUUCGAGUCUGUGUUACCCGGGGUGCGCACUCCUCUAGAACCCGCACGAGAUCCAGACGGUGGAGGAUUUUCUAUUCAACAAUAUAGACUCAGCCCAAACGACCACUUCCGUUUGGAAGUUAAGGAUAAGGGAGAAGAUGGUAAAAUACCAAUUUUAAUUGUGCAAAAAUCUUUGGAUAGGGAGGCAGCAGAAAGUCACUCAUUAGUGCUGACUGCCCUGGAUGGAGGAAAACCUCCGAAAUCUGGUGAAAUGAAUAUACUAGUAAAAGUUUUAGAUAUAAAUGAUAAUGCUCCUGUUUUCAAUAAAGGGAUUUAUUCUGUGAUGCUCGAUGAAAAUACUCCAGUCGGGAAAACAGUUAUACGAGUGAACGCAACCGAUUUAGAUGAAGGACCAAAUGGAGAUGUCAUUUAUUCAUUUAGCACUAUUGUUAACCGUAGGUCUUUAAACCUUUUUGACAUAGAUCCAUCUACAGGCGAAAUAAUUGUGAAAGGUUUAAUUGACUAUGAAGGGAAAGACAAACAUGAGAUUGAAAUCCAAGCAUCAGAUAAAGGUCUUGCUCCUCUAUCGACUCAAAAAAGUGUAAUUAUCAAGAUAGUUGAUGUGAAUGACAAUGCACCUGAGAUUGAGGUCACCUCUUUUUCGAGCUCUAUCCCUGAAGACUCCAGACCUGGAACUACAGUUGCUCUUAUCAGUGUAAAUGACUUGGACUCUGGUCUUAAUGGAAAAGUUAUUUGCUCCAUAGUUGAGAAUGUUCCUUUUACUUUAUCACCAUCUUUACAAGAUAAGAUGUAUUCAUUAGUAACCAAAUCCCCUCUGGACAGAGAGAAACUGUCAUAUUAUGAGUUGACCAUAACUGCAAAAGACGCUGGUCAACCUCCAUUAUCGUCUGAGAAGACAAUAAGUGUUGUGGUGUCAGAUGUGAAUGACAACAGUCCACAGUUUUCAAUGAGCCCCUAUACUUUCUAUGUGACAGAGAGUAACAAUCCAGGCACCUCUGUGUUUUCUGUCAAAGCUUUUGAUGCGGAUGAGAAUGAGAAUGCACAUAUUUCUUAUCACAUUCUCAGAGAAAGAAGUGAAGAUAAUAAACUGACUUCAUUUCUAAAUAUUAACUCUGAGAACGGAGACAUCAUGGCUCUAAAAAGUUUUGACUUUGAAACGGUGAAAACUUUCCAGUUCCACGUUGUUGCGUCAGAUUCUGGAACUCCGUCACUGAGCAGCAACGUCACAGUGAACGUGUUCAUUCUGGAUCAGAACGACAACGCUCCAGUCAUCCUGUAUCCAGUCAGCUCCAACGGUUCUGCUGAAGGUGUGGAGGAGAUUCCCCGCAAUGUGAACGCUGGACACUUGGUGACUAAAGUCAGAGCCUAUGACGCUGAUAUAGGAUAUAACGGCUGGUUACUGUUUUCACUGCAGGAAGUUACUGACCACAGUCUCUUUGGUUUGGACCGCUAUACAGGACAGAUCAGAACACUUCGCUCAUUCACAGAGACAGACGAGGCUGAGCACAAGCUGCUCAUACUGGUCAAAGACAAUGGGAACGUGUCACUCUCAGCAACAGCUACUGUCAUUGUAAAAGUUGUGGAGCCCAAAGAAGCUUUUGCAGCUUCUGAUGUGAAAAGUUCAUCAAAAGCAGAGGAGGACAAUAAUGUGACUUUUUACCUGAUGAUAACUGUGGGCUCAGUUUCAGCUCUUUUUCUCGUCAGUAUCAUCGUGCUGAUUUCAAUGCAGUGCUCAAAGUCCACAGACUACACUUCUAAAUAUCUACCAGAGCCUAAUUAUGAUGGGACACUGUGUCACAGCAUCCAGUACAGAUCUGGAGACAAACGCUACAUGUUAGUUGGACCCAGGAUGAGUAUAGGAUCUACUAUAGUCCCAGGAAGCCAUGCCAACACACUAAUGCUGCCUGACAGGAGAGGGACAUCUGGAGAGGUAAGAUUAAUUCAGUGGAAAUUGCGAGAUAAAGGAGCCCGGCACGAGCACGUCAUCGUGUCGCUCCGGUUCCACCUCUUUCGGGAGUCCUCCAGCCGAUGCAGUCGUUUCUGA